AUGGAUCAAAAGGCAAUAGUGAGGGAGAUUGACUACCUGUUUUUCUUCAGUCUCCUUCUCCUUCUAGCAACUCUCUCUUAUCUUUAUUAUUACAAGCACAAACUGUCUAAAAAUCCACCACUCCCACCAGGUCCAUUUGCAUGGCCUAUUGUUGGAAACAUUUUCCAAAUGGGAAGGGAUCUCCAUUCCAUACUUGCCAACUUAGCUAGAACCCAUGGUCCACUCAUGUCUCUACGGCUUGGCACCCAACUUAACAUCAUUGCAUCAUCACCAGCCGCAGCAAGCGAAAUUCUUAAGACCCAUGACCGAAUAUUGUCAGGCCGCUAUGUUACACAUGCCUCUCCAAUCAUAAACCCAAAACUCAACUUCUCAAUUGGAGGUGCCCCUGAGUGCAACGAUCAUUGGAGGUCCUUAAGGACUAUCUGUAAAGCUGACCUUUUUUCAGCGAAAGUAUUGGAAUCUCAAAAACACAUAAGAGAGAAGAAGGUGAGGGAGUUGGUGAGUUUUCUGGGUUCUAAGGAAGGUGAGAUAGUGAAUCUUGGAGGGACAGUCUAUAUUACUGUUACUAAUAUCUUGAGUAAUGUGAUAUUUUCAAUGGACUUUUUGGACUUUGACGGUAAUGGAAUGGGCAAAGAGUUAAGGAAAUUUAUAGAUGAAAUGGCAGAGUUGAUGAUUACUCCUGAUUUAUCAAAUUUGUAUCCUAUAUUGGGUGCAUUGGAUUUUCAAGGUAUACAAAAGAAACGUGAUAAAUUAAUUGAAAAAUUUAUUGCCAUUUGGGAGGAUAUUAUAAAAAAAAGACAAAAGCAAGAGAGUGCUAUUUUAGUUCAUGGAGAUGUUUUGGAUACUUUGAUUAAAGAUGGGCACACAAAUGAUCAGAUCAAUCAAUUGAUUAUGGAGCUACUUAUGGCUGGUACUGUCUCAACUAGCAUUGUAAUUGAAUGGGCAAUGGCAGAACUGAUGAAAAAUCAAAAUGUCAUGGAUAAACUCCAUGAUGAACUUGAACGUGGAAUUGGUACAGACAUCGUGAAAGAAUCUCAUUUAGCCCAUCUUCCUUACCUAGAAGCUUGUGUCAAAGAGACGCUUAGAUUGCACCCUCUAGGACCACUACUCCUUCCUCACCGUGCCUUGCAAACAUGCCAAGUGAUGGGCUAUACAGUGCCUAAAAACUCUCAAGUUUUGGUUAACGUAUGGGCAAUUGGUCGAGAUCCUAUGAUUUGGAAUGAUCCAUUGAGCUUCAAACCUGAGCGGUUUCUUGACUCAUGCUUGGAUAUUAAGGGAAAUAAUUUUGACUAUAUGCCUUUUGGAGCAGGAAGGAAAAUUUGCCCUGGACAACCUUUGGCUAUUAAGCAAGUUCGAUUUAUUUUGGCAUUACUGCUUCACUCAUUUGAUUGGUUUCUUCCAGGCAAUAUGAAUUCAACUGAGCUAGACAUGAAUGAUCAUUUCUCCCUAACAUUGCGGAAGAAGCAACCCCUACAACUUAUUCCUAAAGGAAGAAAAUAG